AUGGAAAGAGAUGAAGGACGAUUCUUUUACAUAAAUGGUAUUCUGUGCAAAACUUUUGCUGACGAUGGAUCUUUUCGUCCCUCGGAUAUUUUUCCCCAUUUAGAAGCCGAUUUUGAUUUACCUUCUUUAGCGCACUCAUCGGCUGCGCCUGGAAUAGACCACGGGAACGAUGAAGCCCAUGUGGUUGUCGAUGAACGAAAUGCUGAUUCUAUAACUCAAAGCGUCCGUCCGAAUCUGGAUGAUCCUAUUCUGAACUCCUUUGGGGUGAUGUCAAAAGGUGUCCUGAUGGACCCUUGGGAUCGGUGCUUCGUGGAUUUCACCGAUCCACAAGUCUUUACCCCGUCUCUGUUUCGCACGAGUGAACCCUCGGAUCUUUCUUCGCACGGGACCCUAGGGCCAGCGAAGGAGCUACGGAAAAAGCGAUCCAAUCCAGGGAAACGUUCGACGCGUCCUCCACGGAAGCAGGCAUCCACCGUUCUCCCCGAAGGUGGGCCGACGCCUGAAGAGCUGCGCAGCCGAAAUGCGCACUACUACGAAACCGGAGAAUUCCAACACGUACGCGGGGAGGCGUGCAUUAUCCUGUGCUCCUCGCUGGAGCCCCUCGACCGAUCGGCCUCGUUGGAGGCGUGGAAAACGAAUGUGCUGCACGAUGCGACGCCUUUUUCGUGGCCGUACAGCAAUAAGUAUCUCUCGCAUUCCACUCUGAAUAGCCUGGUAGGGCGCUAUGUGAAGUGGAUUUUCACCGCCUGCAAGCUGCCCGCCGCGGCGGUAGACCCCAGGACCGACCGCCAUCGCUCCUUCGUGGACGCCUUAACCUUCAUGGAGAAGUACCGAUUACUGAUGAAAAUUCGAAAACCACAAAGCACCUACCUGCCGGCGGGGAUUCCCUUUCCGUUUCAGCUUCACGGUCGCGCGUUGGGCGGGGAGGUGCAAGGAGAGGCAUCCGAAGCGAACAACCAAACCGCCGAGCAGGGUCCUUCGAAGUCCUCAAACCCCUCUCAGUCGGGAGAGAUGCGCGUAGGGGACGGCUCCCCUCUCUCAAGCUCAUCCCCAGCGUCCUCUUUUGGCUGUUUUACAGGGAAGCCAACCAUGUGCAGAGGUGGUUAUAGCACCAUUCGUACGGAUAUAUUUUCUCGAUCAAACGCAAAUAAUGUGGCGUUAGAUAUCGGAAAAUACGUCAUGCCGCUGAGAGCGCUGGAUUGCAAGCGCGCGCGAGAGAUGUUGCGUGAGAUCGAGCGGCCGUAUUUGUAUCCACCAAAGCACUUAAGCCGGUGGGCGCGGGCGUGGUGGAUUUUUUGUGUUUAUUUCAGCUAUCUUGGGCUUGUAGGGGGUCCGUUUUUAUCGCGUGCGAAGACGAAUGCAUCGGCGGAAGAAUCAUCUAGCUCACCUAAAUCCGAAGCCUCGCGUUUUGAAUGCAAACUUUGCCCAGACGACGAAUACUCGGUAUCAGCCGAGGUUCACCGUAAGUGCCUCGAUGAGGAUGCGCUAUGGCAUGCUGAGGAUUCGGGCUCGGACAGGAUGCUCGGUUCACUCUCGCCAAGCAAGAGCGAAAUCGCGGAUGUUUGGAAUUUUAUGAUAUGCAAUGAAGAUCGUGAUCGAAUUUUGGAGCGCUUAUCAAGGAUUGAGAGUUACCUUGAUAAAUUAACUUCGUCUACUUUCGAAAGUAAACAAAUUAAGUCGGAUUCGGCUUAG